CCCGGGGCCCCGCGCCCUUCUUCCUUCCUUCCUCGCCCGGACGGACGCACUUCCGGCGGAUAUGGGGGAGCAACACCGGAAACGGAAGUGAGCUGCUGGGCCGACUGACGGUAACUGGGCUGAGAGGCUGUUCGCAGAGCGGGUUGAAGAUGAAUGCCAGAGGACUUGGAUCUCAGCUAAAGGACAGUAUUCCUGUUACUGAACUUUCAGCAAGUGGACCUUUUGAAAGUCAUGAUCUUCUUCGAAAAGGUUUUUCUUGUGUGAAAAAUGAACUCUUGCCCAGUCAUCCUCUUGAAUUAUCAGAAAAAAAUUUCCAGCUCAACCAAGAUAAAAUGAAUUUUUCCACACUGAGAAACAUCCAGGGUCUGUUUGCUCCACUCAAGUUGCAAAUGGAAUUCAAGGCGGUGCAGCAGGUUCAGCGUCUUCCAUUUCUUCCAAGCUCAAACCUUUCACUGGAUAUUUUGAGGGGUAAUGAUGAGACUAUUGGAUUUGAAGAUAUUCUUAAUGACCCGUCACAAAGUGAACUAAUGGGAGAACCACACUUGAUGGUGGAAUAUAAACUCGGUUUACUGUAAUGCAGUAUGCUGUCCGUGAAAACAGAGGGGCUACGUCUUGUUUAUAGUCGUCUUUUUACUAUAAGUUUAUGUACACAACACAUGGGGAUUGUUGCCUAAAUAAUAUCUGAUCAUUUGAAAGUAUUUGGUUCUUCGGUUUAUGGCCAUGCGACAGUUGAAAACACUAGAGAUGACUUUAAAACUCCUGGUUUAUAUUAAAACAAUAGCCUAUGUCUUUAAAAAAUUGUUUUGAAUGAAUAUUAUAAAAUUGUCUUCAGGUUCCAGUUCAACUUGUUUUCUGGGUAGUCCAUACAUCUAAUUUUGAAUAAAAAUUAUUGGUAUUUGAGUCUCCAGCCUUCACAGUAGCAUAUUUCAGAGUAAACAUCUGUAAUUGAUUUCACUGGCAACACUUCAAUUUAGGUGUAAAAUCAGAUAUUUGUGUUUUACCUUGUUUCAUUAGUGCUUAUAAGAGUAAUAUGUGCUUUAUUGAACUUACAUUAGAAUUAUAGCCUAUUUUUUGCUUCUUUCAAGUGGAAAAGUAUGAGUUUAGAGGUUUUGAUUUGGGUCUUGUCUUUACAGUGAAAAAUUAAAUAAAGUAACCAGCAGAUGUCAAUUAAACUGUUGUACUGCAUAGGUUUAUAUAUCACAAGAUGCUUAAAUUAAAAACAUUAGGACAUUCAUGUACACACUCAUUUCCAUGAACAAAUUCCAUUAUAAUUUAUUUUAAAAAUCUGCA